AAAACAACGACCUCCUUUCACUUUCUUUCAACAUUCCCAAAUAUCAUUAAAACGAUUACAAAUCCAAUCUCAGAAACAAUGGAAGCUUCUAUGAUUUCUUCUCCGGCUCCGAUCUCGCCGCUCCGGUUCAAUCCACUGGUGUUUUCCCCGAAUAAACCGAUGACGUGGACACAUAACAAGAAGACGAAGACGAUGAGCGUCUCUGCUGCUGCGUCUUCAGGGAAAGACCAUUACUACGGAGGAGGAAGAUUAGUGGACGAGAACAUGAUCGUUCUGAGGAAACGCAUCCACGAGAUGAAGAUGGUUGAGAGAAACUACGAGCCUCCUUCUCAUUGGAUGGAUUGGGAGAAGCGUUUUUACAGCAGCUACGACUCUGUUAUCUGCGAUUACGUUGGUCUUCUCCAGAGUUUCCUCAUGAACUCUCGCCCAACCGUCGCAAUCGCGACGCUGCUUCUCCUCCUCGUCUGCGUUCCCGUUUCCUCCUCUGUUUUCGCGUUUCGCGUUCUUGACCUUCUUCAGUGGCUUCUCGCCGCCGCAACAUCGGCCCACGUUGGCUGAUCUGCUCGGCCCAUUUCGUUUUACUUGCACACAACAAAUUCUUUUAUUUUAUAUAUUGGUUCCUCUAUAUUGUAUAUAUACACAUAUUCUUUUAUUAUAUGAUUUUUCAAACUUUUGGCUUAAGAUAUGUUUAGAAUCUUGUUAUUAGUUUAUUCUUUCAUGGGGUUUGUACUUUUCUAUUCUAAUUACAUAAACAUUUCUUAUGAUGAGUAUUACUUUCGUU